CGCCGGCGCCGUCAAGUAGCCUGGGGGACCGGCCGGCGCGGCUCGGAGCGGGUGGGCGGGCGGCCGGGAGGCCGGAGCAGCACGGCCGCAGGACCUGGAGGUCCGGCUGCGUCUUCCUGUAGCGCUACCCGCCAUGCGCCUGCCGCGCCGGGCCGCGCUGGGGCUCCUGCCGCUUCUGCUGCUGCUGCCGCCCGCGCCGGAGGCCGCCAAGAAGCCGACGCCCUGCCAUCGGUGCCGGGGGCUGGUGGACAAGUUUAACCAGGGGAUGGUGGACACCGCAAAGAAGAACUUUGGCGGCGGGAACACAGCUUGGGAGGAAAAGACGCUGUCCAAGUACGAGUCCAGCGAGAUUCGCCUGCUGGAGAUCCUCGAGGGGCUGUGCGAGAGCAGCGACUUCGAAUGCAACCAGAUGCUAGAGGCGCAGGAGGAGCACCUGGAGGCCUGGUGGCUGCAGCUGAAGAGCGAAUAUCCUGACUUAUUCGAGUGGUUUUGUGUGAAGACACUGAAAGUGUGCUGCUCUCCAGGAACCUACGGUCCCGACUGUCUCGCGUGCCAGGGCGGAUCCCAGAGGCCCUGCAGCGGGAAUGGCCACUGCAGCGGAGAUGGGAGCAGACAGGGUGACGGGUCCUGCCAGUGCCACGUGGGGUACCAGGGCCCGCUGUGCACAGACUGCAUGGAUGGCUACUUCAGCUCGCUCCGGAACGAGACCCACAGCAUCUGCACAGCCUGUGACGAGUCCUGCAAGACGUGCUCAGGCCUGACCAACAGAGACUGUGGCGAGUGCGAAGUGGGCUGGGUGCUGGACGAGGGCGCCUGUGUGGAUGUGGACGAGUGUGCGGCCGAGACGCCUCCCUGCAGUGCUGCACAGUUCUGUAAGAACGCCAACGGCUCCUACACAUGCGAAGAGUGUGACUCCAGCUGUGUGGGCUGCACAGGGGAAGGCCCAGGAAACUGUAAAGAGUGUAUCCCUGGCUACUCGAGGGAGCGCGGACAGUGUGCAGAUGUGGAUGAGUGCUCACUAGCAGAAAAAGCCUGUGUGAGGAAAAACGAAAACUGCUACAAUACUCCAGGGAGCUACGUCUGCGUGUGUCCUGACGGCUUCGAAGAAACGGAAGAUGCCUGUGUGCCGCCGACAGAGGCUGGUGAGUGGCACGGCUCUCUCCACACAGGCUGCCCUCCCCUGGGCCGCGGGGCUUGCACGCAGACUGGCUGCUUGGUCUGAAAUCCACACAGACAAUGGCCUUGGGAUGGUGAGAGGGGGAUUCCCGGAAGACAGGUGCAUAACACCUGUGUGGGCACACUUGGCGCAGAGAGGUACCGGCUUCCUGAGGAUGAAGCCCCAGGUUCACAGCUCAAAUGGAAGUUAAGGCGAUGAAAGGGGAAGUCUCUGAAGCUCAGACCUCAGCGGGCGAUGAACAGAGGAGCAGACGCCGGAGAAGAGGCAGCUAAGGAGCUGGAAAAGUCAUCUGGGGAGGCUGCCCAGGGUGCCACAAGGACAGGGACAGGCAGGAAGUGGUGGAGGGCAAGCAAGUCCCCCAUACCUGUUUCCUGGGGCUGCCUUACCAAGAACCACGAACUUGGGGCUCCAGCAACAGAAAUGUGCCUCUCACAGGAGCCAGAAGUCAGAGGCCCAGACGCAAGCAGGCUGCUUCCUUGGGAGGCUGGGCGGGCGCGUCUGUUCUGGGCCUCUGUCCUCGCCUGGGGAUGCCACCUGCUCCCCGUGUCUUCACGUGGUCUCCGUGUGGGUGUCUGUCUCUGUCCAAACCUCCCCUCUUUGUAAGGACACCAGUCACUAAUGCCCUCGUGUUAACUUGGCCGUUGGUAAAGACCCUAUUUCCAAACAAGGUCACAAUCACAGGUACUGGGAGUAAAGACUUCAGCGUGUUUUGGGGGACAUAGAUCUGCCCGUGACAGCCCUCACAGAAGUCUAGAACAUAGAGAGUGGGAAAGAAGCAGUGUUCAAGGAGAUAUUGGCUAAGGGUUUUUCAGAAUGAAUACGGCAUGAUUCAGAUUCCAGAAGCUGUUUCCUGAGCAGGACACAUAAAAGCAAUUCCACAUCUAGAAGCAUCGCAGCAACAGCAACAGCAAGACAGAACUGAGGGGCUGGCAGAGGCGGACAGGCCAGAAGACAAGGCUGCCUGCUACCCCCUCGGUCCCCUCUUGCCCCUCCCUCCCCCCACCCUCUGUCGGUUCCCUUUGGCCCGUCCCUCCCCGCACCACCCUCAGUCCCCUUUUCCUCCUCCCCCCCACCACCAUUGCUCAGGCUCCUAUUCUGCCAGGCUGCAAGGAACCCCUUGCCGCUCCCAACUCCGUAUCCUCCGCACCCACAGCAGUGUGGUGGCUCUGAAAUGCCGUCUGCCUCAUCUCUCAUCUGCUUUGGGGGAAACGGGGGUCUCCGAGCUGCCCUUGGAUGGCUGCGUCCGGGGCCUUAAGCCAGGACUGGACGGACAGGCCCUGCACAUGCCACUGCUGUCCUGGGAAAGGCCUCGUCCCCAGGGCCCUUUGUGCUCAGCUUUGACGACCUAUGCUUGUUUUCUGACAGAAGGCACAGGAGGAGAAAGGCCGCCACAGCUGCCCACCCGCGAAGACCUGUAAUGUGCCGGACUUGCCCUUUAAAUUAUUCAGAAGGACGUCCUGUGGAAAAUGUGGCCCUGAGGAUGCCGUCCCCUGCAGCGGACAGCAGGAGGGAGAAGCUCCUGCUUCUCAUUUGUCCCUUAAACAGCUGCAUUUCUUGGUUGUUCUUAAACAGACUUGUAUAUUUUGAUACAGUUCUUUGUAAUAAAAUUGACCAUUGAAGUUAGUAA